AUGGUAUUUAAUGCUUACAGUUACAUAAAUCCUUGUAUGUUUUGGGACAGUGGACUAAACUUUGCCAAAACGUCCUCUCACUCUCGUAGGACUGCUCUACACUGGGCCUGUGUCAACGGCCAUGAGGAAGUAGUAACAUUUCUGGUAGACAGAAAGUGCCAGCUUGACGUCCUUGAUGGUGAAAACAGGACACCUCUGAUGAAGGCUCUACAAUGCCAUCGGAAGGCUUGUGCAAAUAUUCUGAUAGAUUCUGGUGCCGAUGUAAAUCUUGUAGAUAUGUAUGGCAACACGGCUCUCCAUUAUGCUGUUUAUAGUGAGAAUUUGUCAGUGGUGGCAAAACUGCUGUCCCAUGGUGCAGUCAUCGAAGUGCAGAACAAGGCUAGCCUCACACCACUUUUACUAUCCAUAACGAAAAGAAGGGAGCAAAUUGUGGAAUUUUUGCUGACAAAAAAUGCAAAUGCGAAUGCAGUUAAUAGGUGUAAAUGCACAGCGCUCAUGCUUGCUGUAUGUCAUGGAUCAUCAGAGAUAGUUGGCAUGCUUCUUCAGAAAAAUGUUGACGUCUUUGCUGCAGAUACAUGUGGAGUAACUGCAGAACGUUAUGCUGUUGCUUGUGGAUUUCAUCACAUUCAUCAACAAAUUUUGGAAUAUAUACAAAAAUUAUCUAAAAAUCGUCAAAAUACCAAUCCAGAAGGAACAUCUGCAGGAACACCUGACGAGGCUGCACCCUUGGCGGAAAGAACACCUGACACAGCUGAAGCUUGGUGGAAAACCACCUGA